AUGGAAGACCCAGACCACCCUCAGCCGACCUUCCAACUGGUCAAAAAAGUCAGGGGCAAUAUAUGGCUGGCGAGGAGACACGCCCAGCACAUAGGAUAUGCCGACGGCGAAGAGUUCAUCGCUCGGAAAGUGGACGACUUUGACGAGUACUACGAUGCCGGGAAAUACUCGCUCGGCUUCACGACCAAGAAGCAGCGCCAAAUCAAGGGGCUGAUGGACCUGCUGUACGACUGCAGCAUCGGCCGCAACAUCUCCCACAUCUUUAACCAUGAGAACAUCAUCUCACUCGCGGGAUACCUCCGCCAAAGGCCCUUCCACUCUCAGGUGGACGCCACCGAGGACUACCUCGUCUGGGACAUCUGUGAUGCCGGCACCCUGGAGCUCCUCUUCGCGGACCGCCACUCGGAGCGCGAGCCCAACUGCUACAUGCCCGAGUCGCUCUGCUGGCACGUCCUGACGUCCAUCCUCCGCGCCCUCGUUUGGCUACACGACGGCUACCGCCAGGAAGUCGACUGGGUCACGAGCGAGGCGCGAUGGGUUCGGACGGACAUGGAGUGGAUGCCCAUCCUGCACCGUGGCAUCAGCGGGUCGACCAUCUUCUUCCAGCACUCGCGAGGCGACGAGACGUACGGCGUCUGCAAGCUGGGCAAGUUCGGCAACGCAUUUGUAUCUGGCGUCCCGGCUCGCCGCCAAGCCCAGCUGUCUAACGGGAACCCUUUUCCCAACAGCGAGGGAAUCCCAAUGGCGCCACAGCACGGCCACAUGGGGCUGCGUGAGAUGAAGAAGCAGUGGGAGGAGUACCUCGAAACAGGUCACAACAGCAAACGCCUGCACACCAUCAGCGACGACCACUGGGACCUCGGCGCCGUCCUCUUCCGCAUGAUGGUCGGCUACCCCCUUCCGACCUUUGACGGCUGCGAGACCUGCAACUGCGUCCAUAUCCGGCGGUGCGAGAGCAUCCAGUGCAUCGGCGGCGAGAGCCACCUCGGCCGCGGCUGCGAGCACCCCAACUUCCAGGGCUGCAAGUGCGUCAACCAGUGCGAGUCCCAUACCGACAUCCACAUCGACGAGAACCUCAUGCGGGUGGGCUACUCCAAGUACCUCAAGCUCGCGGUGCGGCUUCUCCUGGACUACGACCUCAUGAACCCGGCGGCGGGCUCGCAGCGCCUGUGUGACGAGGUCGAGGUGCUGUAUCGCAAGUGGCGGAACAAGACGGAGGACGGGAGGGAGUACAUCGACGUCAUGGACGAUCUUCGAGGCCGGUUCUUUUCGUUGAACGGGCUGGACGAGAAGGCGGCGGAGUGA